CAGGUGUGUAUAUAAAGAGCAGGGUGGCCUCCCGUCAUCACUGCAUCACUCAGCUGAUACCUGAACAACACCUCACAUUUACCUGACAGAACAAUCUGUUGAUCAUCACCAUGAAGACUGUCCUGGUCCUCUCUGUUCUCCUCUGUGCUGCAUUUGCAGCUCCAGUUGAAGAGCAAGAACAGACUAAAGAAGCAGCAGUGGAGGCUCCGAAGGAACAGAUGGCUUCUGCACCUGCCCGUUAUAACUUCUGUCCUGACGGAUGGUUCAGCCAGGGCUCUCGCUGCUUCAAGUUCAUCAAUACUCCCUUGUCCUGGUACAGUGCUGAGGAGCACUGCAACAGCCUGGGUGCCCACCUGGCCUCAGCCACCAACCCCAGAGAGUACAGCUUCCUGCAGCAGCUCACACAGGCAGCCGGUCAGAGCAUCGCAUGGCUGGGAGGCUUUAACCUCCAGGGCCGCUGGAUGUGGAUUGACCGUGAAGGUUUCUAUUACACCAACUGGUAUUGCCUGUACUCCACCAGCAGCAACUCCUGCCUCUACUUACGCACAGCCGAUGGAUGGGGUAACACCCAGUGUGGCUCUGCUUAUCGCUUCAUCUGCUCCAAGAACCCAUUCAGCUGUUAACAUACAUGCUAAACAUCUGGAUGGAUCAGCUGGGAUUGUUUCUCUUUUUAAUACCAGCUCAUGAACUUCGUUGUGUGUCUUACUGAAUUAUUGUUUUCCAUUGUGUAUUUUUAAAAGGCUUUCAUGAGUGUAAAGUGUUCAGUAACUUUUGUUUGUGACUGUGUCAGUUGGCUCCUUUCCAAAAUAAAGACUUGUGAGAAUGGAA